GUCACUAGUGACGAGUGCAUCAAUGAUCAUGUGACGCGCCACCCUAGAUAGUCCGUUUUCUUGAAACCAAGCGCAAUGUUCGACUGUCACAGCAAAGACGUUAAAUUAUCCCCUCAGGAUUAUUCUUGUGAGCACAAACCUGUGCCUAGUUCACUUCCCCGCGUAAACUAGAACUCGAUCGAGCCUGAGUUAUCGAGAUUCGGAGGUGGAAGAAAUUGAUAUGUGUUGAGCGCCUUUAAAUUUCAAACGAGCGUGGAAUUUGUCACUUACAUAUAUGUCAUCCUUAGCAAUAGUAGCUAUGACCGGUUGCGGAGCCAGCGCUAACCUUCUUCCUCAACGAGGGUCAUAAUGUCAGAAUACCACCCACCCACCGACCUUGAAGAUGUUGUAAACUCUGAAGUCAAAGAGUGGCACUUCCAUAUCUAUUUCUUCCAGUGUAACGCUGAUCAGCACCAAGCUGCGCUAGACUUGCGCGAUGCUGUCUUGCGCCUAAGGCGUGAUGGAGCGUUUGUCGCUGUGCCAUUAUUUCGUGUGAACACCGACCCAAUCGGUCCCCACCCAGUUGGUUCGUACGAGAUUUGGGUACCUUCGACCUCGUUUUCUUCUGUAUUUUCGUACCUUUGCUUGAACAGGGGCAAUUUAAGCAUCCUCGUGCACCCUCUCACGCGUGAAGAGAGAAAAGACCAUGAACUCCGGAGUGCGUGGAUUGGCCCUCCGUUCUCUCUCGAUCUGUCUGUUCUCCCGGUGCAGACUGAAGAGCUACCCGUACAAUACCCGAGUCUGAAGCUCGGUUACUCUGCAACAGAACCCGAGUAUACCCCUGACCAACGCCGCCGCAUUGGUGCCAACGUCGAGCGCAUCCUGAAGGGCGAGAAGGAAGCUGCCAGGGCUCCCAUGAAUUAACAAUUUGGGCAGGGCCUUCCGAAUAAUAGUAAACGACUUGCGGUGAUUGUUUUAUGCAUGUUUAGCUACAAUAUUCAUAUGUUCUGGUGUAACAGCGCGCAGACGAAUGAAAGUAAGUUGGGUGA